AUGGUUAUUGUAAGGACAAUCAUUAGCAUGGCAACUUCUAGAGGAUGGAAUCUAUUUCAAAUGGAUGUAAAUAAUACAUUUCUGCAAGGAGAUCUUUAUGGGGAGGUUUAUAUGGAUUUGCCUCAAGGUUACAAUCAGAGUGCUCAUGACAACUCCCUCUUUACUAAGAAGACAAAUUCUCACAUUGUCCUUAUCCUAGCGUUUGCGGAUGACUUGCUCAUCACUGGGAGCAAUGCAGAACUGAUAGAAGAAGUCAAACAGACCCUUCAAAAUUUCUUUAAGGUAAAAGAUUUAGGAGAACUAAGAUAUUUCCUUGGCAUUGAAGUUCUGAGAUCAAAGGAAGGGAUACCACUCACACAGAGGCAAUAUUCUCUCCAAUUGAUAUCAGAAGUUAGACUUGCAGCAGCUAAAUCAAUCUCCACUCCUAUUGACUUAAACCAGAAGUUGACUACUGUCGACUAUGACAAGCAUGUGGGGGUCAAUGGAGAUGAAGAAUUGGAGGAAAUUGGGAGCUAUCAAAGACUCAUCGGGAAGCUGCUUUACUUGACCAUCACCAGACCAAACCUUAGUUUUGCAGUCUAG